AUGGACGUUUUUCCGGCGGAGAACCAAGUCGAUGGCUAUGACCAAGCUCUUCCGGCUGAAGAAACUGACAAAGACGACGACGACGGAGGAGAUUUGUGCCGGAUUUGCCGAUCGCCGGAGGGACUAAACAAUCCGUUGAGGUAUCCGUGUGCGUGUCGAGGCUCCAUCAAGUAUGUUCACCAGGAAUGUCUCCGUCUCUGGCUCAACCGCCGCAGUGACAAGCAGUGCGAGGUUUGUAGGCAUAGCUACUCGUUUGUCCCCGUCUAUUCGGAGAACGCACCAGCGAGGCUUCCAUGCCGUGAGUUUCUGAGAGGAGUGUCACUGAGAGCACUACGUUUCGUUGCCUGGGCUUUUGCGAUUCUCUUCAACGCCUAUUGCUUCUCCCUGCAUCCUUGGGGCCGAGAAACCGCGAUUGAAAACCAGAGACGCUAUGGAGUUUCCGAGAAGUUGGCUGCUUUCUUGGCUGGAUCCAUGUACAACGGUAUGAUUGCUUAUCAUAUGACACUGAUGGUGCUUCUAAGGAUUCCUGUUGGACAUCUCCUUGAGAUAGUUGGGGAGAAUUACAUAGAACAUGGAGUUGUUGUUGCUGGAGCUGCAGUCGCAUUGUGGAAAUACAUGCGGAUUCUGUGUGAUUGGUGGCAUAAUCACCUCAUCCGCUGUAGAUUCUUCCUCGCCCUCAUGUUUGAACCUCGUGAAGAAGCAGUUCGUCCUCGAAACGCAAAACUUGAUGAAUUUGGAGCUAUCAGGAGGUUUCUAUUCCUUCUUGAUGACAAUACAUUUGCUGUUCUUGCCAUCAGCUUUUACGUCUCAUUCUUCUUCGUUCUUCUUCCAUUUUCUAUGGGGAAACUAGUCUUUGCAGUCCUAUCUCUUUUCCAACGUAUGGAUGUAUCUGUGCAGCUUCUUUCUGGAGACUUACUUGGUCAAGAACCUGUCAUUGUUGGAUAUAUGGCUAUGAUCUCACUUUCCUUGGCUUAUCUUGCAAGUUUUGUUACUCUGAGUCGAGACUCCAUUCAAGCCUUAGCCAAGAGAUUAUCACUGGGAUUUCUCGUCGUAGCAGUGGCACUCCCAUACUUGUUGUGGAUAACUUCAGUCAAAGUAUGGAGAAAUCUGUCUGUGGUUAAGGAUGGUUUCGUCUUGUGUUUGAAAUUUGGUGUUUAUCCUUUGGUAUUGGGCUGCUGGUUAGAUCUCUCCACCUUCCCUAUACUAGGAACCACAGUUUCACGGAGGCUUGAGAUUAUUUCAGAAUUUCCCUUCGCCAUGAUCAUACAUUGGCUUUUGGGACUUAUUUGCUUGCUAUUGGUUUUCAAUUCCGUGGAGCUUAUCCACAAGAUCAUUCUCAAACGACCCUUUUGGUUUCUACUAUAUGAUAGUGAUUUCAACUACAGGCUCACUAAACUGUACCUUGGCCAAAUCCUAUUUGGGUUGGCUCUCCACGGCUCAUUGAUGGUGAUUUUGGUUCACUUACCAAUAAUGACAAUCUCUCUCAUAAGCCCCUCGUUUUUUCCCCUCCAACUCUGGAUCUAUGACGAAAGGAUUUUGUUUGGCUCAAUGGCAGCUUACAAGAUCUUAUGGAUAAUAGGAGCUCCCCAAUGGUUAGUUGAGCUAAUCAAACCAGCUAUAGAACCUAUAGUUGUCAAGUGGAUUACCACUGUCAGUUCUUGGCUCCAGUUGAGCGAGUUCUUGCUCGGAAACCAUGAGGAUCAGAAUGUAAGACCCUUGUUGCAACAAGAUCUGGAGAUCCGUGAUUUACAAGUUGAAAGCUCUCUAGUCGGAUUAUAUGGAUCUCACAGUGAUACCACCUUUGAAGACGAUAUUGAAGACGAUAGGUUUAUGACACUGAGGAUCGGACUGAUGUGUGUUCUAGCUACUCUGAGCCUGUUUCUCAUGAGUACAAUCUCCAUGGCUUUGCCAAUUCUGAUUGGGAGGGCCUUCUUCCACUCUAUCUCUUUCAUCGGGCUCAAACAAGACGAUCUUUAUGGUUUCUGGAUUGGAUGCUAUAUCCUGCGAGAAGUUUAUAUCACGACUUGCUUCAUCACUGACCAUAUCAUGACUGGAAGAAUCGAUGUGCUUCUCAGCCUUGUUCUGUUGUGGAUACGGAAUGCUUUACUGUUCACCAUCUGGAUCUCUGUCAUACCAUCAUUGAUUGGUCUCCUUAUCAUCCUUAUGAUCAUCAUCCCAUUACAAGUGCCGCUAAACCAGUCCCCGGUUUAUUCAUCUCUCCAAGUUUGGUUGAUCAGUUCAGUCCUCUUUCACAUCUGGACCUACCUGACUAUGUUCACGCGUAUCAAGUAUUUCGCAACUGUGGCGUGGCGGGAGAAGCCCGAGAGAAUCAGAAACGUCGGAAUCAACAGGCUUCCCUCAAUGUGGCUGCUUCGAGAUGUCGUUUAUUCGAUCAUACGCACUCUUCUUGCCACUCUCGUUUUACCUUUCUUGGUGACCUACUCUCUGUUCCCAUCGCUGGGAUUUUCAGGUGCGGUCAACUUGGCGGUGCAGAGGCUCAUAUGGCCGGUGUUAUUAGCCAUCAUCAUCUUAGGGUUCGUAGCCAAGCUCACCAUCGACCUCUUCGUUUAUAUUCACCGCGUUGAAUACGAUGAUCGCUAUCUGGUGGGAGACAGAGUGACUGAUUUCACUGAAGAUCUCGAGUGA